AUGAGCUCUUCCAACUCUGGUCUCGUACCAGGACCUUCCGGUGGUCCACUCACCACGCCGACAAAAAGAACGGCUUUUGCUACUUCUACAUCGGCUGAUGCCGGACCAAGUAGAGCGAGACCAGCGGGGUCAUCUCCAGCUUAUAGCUCGAGAAGACAUUCCUUGUAUGGUAUAGAAGAUAGAGUCGUGAUAGAUCCAGGAUCAAGAGUAUGGAAAGUUGGUUUCUCCGGUGAAUCCGAUCCACGAUCUGUAUUUUAUUCCUUAGACCCAUCGGAUAUAGAAGAUACGGGAGCGUUGGAAGCGUGGGAUAUGGAUCUUUCAUUUAUGAAGGGUGUUGAUGGGGAUAGGGUAGAGGGAGAUAGGUUAGUAGGUGUGAGGGUGGUCAAGAAAUUGAGAGAGACAUAUGUAAAACACCUAAUGACCGAUUCAAAAGCUCGGAAAGUGAUUAUUUUAGAAAACACGUAUUUGCCAAUAGCAGUCAAGGAACAUAUAGCUAGAGCAUUGUUUGAUAAUCUACAUGUCCCUAGCGUAUCAUUCACCCCGGCCAGCUUAUUGUCCCUCGUCGCCUGUGGUAGGAUAACGGGUCUAGUGGUAGACGUAGGAUGGUUGGAAACCACCAUCACUCCAGUAUAUCAUUCACGACCUCUAUACAAUCUAUCGAGAUCUACACCAUUGGCUGGAAGGAGGUUACAUCGACUUCUGAAAACGUUGUUACACCAUUAUGCCAUAUAUAUUCAAUCUCCUACUUCUCUAGGUAACAUACAUGAUCGACAGAGAAGUACAGGUGUACCGAUGGAUCAGUUGUCAGAUGAACUGGUGGAAAGGAUAUUGACGGAAGGAUGUUUUGUUGGAGGAUUACACCUGGAACAGCAAGAAGAAGACCAACAACCGAUGGAUAUAGAUGAAUCACCAACAGAAGAUGAUGAAGUACGAAGAAUAGCUGAAGAAUGGUACAAAAGGUAUGGAAAUACAUCAACAGCCAAAGAUAUAUCUUUCCGAAUCAAGUCUACAUUGGGCCUCGGUCCAAGUACUAUCAUAGUCCCGGGAUGGAUCAGGGAGACAGUCGCGGAAAUACUACUAGAGGACGAUGGAGGGUCGGAAGAUGAAUCGAUACCCAGAUUGAUCUUAAAUUGCAUAAUGAAGUUGCCUAUCGACCUGCGUAAAUCACUUAUAUCAUCCCUAUUGAUAGUAGGAGGAACAGCCUCUUUACCUGGCUAUAUCCCUCGUCUGAGGAUAUCUCUCUUACAUCACCUCUUACCGCCCCCUGCUUCUACCCAACAUAAAUCACCAUUGAAUACUCCAGAUAGUAGGAGAGAAGAAGCUCUACUAUGGAGACAGAGGAACAGAGAACCGUAUAAGGAGAUAUAUGGUUUAUCGGAUAAAUUGGUGAUAAUCAACGAUCCUUCCCCAGUAGAUGGGAAGGGCGGGAUGGCACCUAGGUGGUCGACAGGUUUGAUGGGCUGGGUAGGAGGAUCUCUAGCUGGUGCACUGAAAACUUCCUCUGUGGAAACAACAAGAGAAUCAUACGAUACUUCCCUUUCUCACUCUAUCGCACGAGGAGAAAUAUAUAAAGAAGAAUUGGAUCUAAGUUCUAUUGAAAUGUCAACUUUGUUAGGUGUCAAUAUAGAGGAUCUCAAAGUUGGUCAAGCUCUUGGUGCAGGUGAUGCCGGGGGUGAAGACGAAUUUGGUAUGAAGAGGAAAAGAGGUUGGAAUGACCAUGUGAUAGCAAUGAACGAUUGGACCAGAGGAGCAGUGAGAGUGUAG